AUGGGCAACUGUGAUUCGGCUCAGGCUGAGAUGUACAAGCGGAAUCGAAAGAUAAACGCUGUGAUAGAAACGGAUAGGAAAAAAGAAGAUUCUGUUAUUCGUUUAUUAUUACUCGGUGCUGGCGACAGUGGAAAGAGUACGAUUCUGAAGCAAAUGAAGAUUAUACAUGACAACGGCUUUUCUCAAGAGGAUAUCAAUCUUGGUAGAUGUAAUAUUACCGUGAAUUUGAUUCAAAGCAUGGGAUCGUUGCUUGAUGGCAUGCAAAAGCUGAACAUUCCUUAUGAAUCACCUGAGAAUGAGGUACACGCUCUGUAUAUUAAUAAAGUAAUAUCGAGUAAAGAUGAAGACCAACCACUCUCUGAUACAAUGUACAUAGCAAUAAAACGAUUAUGGAAUGACCAAGGAGUCCAGAUGGCUUAUCAGAAGAGAGAUGAGUUCUACUUACACGACUCCGCUAAAUAUUUCUUCGAUAAUCUUGAACGAAUUCAUACAUCUGAUUAUGCUCCUACGGAACAGGAUCUUCUUCAUGUGAGGAUGUCAACAAUGGGCGUCAUUGCUGUCUCUUUUGUGAUGAAAAAUAAGAUUUGGAGAGUUUUUGAUGUUGGCGGUCAAAGAUCUCAAAGAAAAAAAUGGAUUCAUUGCUUUGAUGACGUGAAGGCUCUCAUAUACGUAGCUUCACUCAGCGAGUAUGACCAGGUCCUUAUGGAAGACAACACGACUAAUCGCAUGCAAGAGUCGUUGCAGCUAUUCCGUCAGGUUAUAAACAACAAAUACUUCAUCAAUACGUCUGUUAUUCUAUUUCUGAACAAAAAAGACAUUUUCAAGCAAAAGAUUGGAGUUUCGAAAUCAUUGAAGUUAGCUUUCCCCAACUAUAACGGAUCAGAAACGUAUGAAGAAGGUUCUACGUAUAUAGAACGGAAAUACUUGGAGGCUAAUGCCAAUUCUGAAAAAUCCAUUUACUGUCAUCAUACAUGUGCUACUGAUACAGAGCAGGUUCAAUUCGUACUGGAUAGUGUACUUGACACCAUUUUGUCCUCUAAGCUAAAAGGUUGUGGAUUUUAUUGA